ACUCAGAAGUCGUCGAAUAUAUUUUCCUCCGAAGACGAUGACUAUUUUUCGAAAACGUACCGGGAUCAUUAUUUGAAAUCCAUCAAUUUCCCGGAGGAAUAUUGGGCCGAAGCCGCUGGAAACAUUGAUUGGAUGCGGAAAUGGGACAAAGUUUUAGACUCCUCCAAUCCUCCGUUUAAUCGCUGGCUAGGUCGUGACGCGUUCGAGAAGACGGAAAGCCUAGAAUUUAUCAAGCUGUGUUGCACAUUACGGAAGAUUGACACCAUCACAUUCAAUAUGUGGCGCAGUUGCCUUCGCCAGACCGCGAGUUUUCGUUUCAUGCUAGUUCCUGUUGUGAGGAAUAAUAGGAAGACUUUGACAGGUGUUCGGUUACAGUCUAAUCUGCCAGGAACUCAGAAGUCGUCGAAUAUAUUUUCCUCCGAAGACGAUGACUAUUUUUCGAAAACGUACCGGGAUCAUUAUUUGAAAUCCAUCAAUUUCCCAGAGGAAUAUUGGGCCGAAGCCGCUGGAAACAUUGAUUGGAUGCGGAAAUGGGACAAAGUUUUAGAUUCCUCCAAUCCUCCGUUUAAUCGCUGGUUUGUUGGUGGCACACUAAACGUUUGCUACAAUGCAGUGGAUCGUCACGCGGAAAGCGACUACAAGGACAACGUGGCCAUUUUCCACGAAAGCCCAGUAACUGGAAAAAGCUCUCAACUCACAUGGGCUGAACUGAAGGACCAAGUAUCCCGUUUUGCCGGCGUUCUCACGGGCCUCGGAACCACAAAGGGCGACCGUGUCAUCAUCUACAUGCCCAUGAUCCCCGAAGCCGUGAUCGCCAUGCUGGCUUGUGCCCGGAUCGGCGCCGUGCAUUCCGUCGUAUUCGGCGGCUACUCGGCCCGAGAACUCGCCGUGAGACUCGAGCACGCCAAGCCCAAGAUCAUAGUCGGCGUGAACGCGAGUGUGGAACGGAACAAGAUCCUCAACUUCAAGAGAGUCGUCGACGAGGCCAUCGGGUUGUGUCCGGGAUGCGAUAUCAAACACGCUGUGAUUUUCAACAGACCCCAGUUUGAGCCCGCGGAAAUGAUGAAUGGCAGGGACGUGGACUGGGACCGAGGCAUGGAGAGUGCCGUGUCGCAACCGUGUGUCCCCGUGGAUGCGAAUGACCCGCUGUACGUGUUGUACACCUCGGGGACGACUGGGCAGCCCAAGGGCAUCGUGAGGCCGUCUGGGGGCCAUGCUGUGGUACUGCCGUGGACCAUGGACAAAGUAUAUGGCAUGAAACCUCAGGAGGUGUGGUGGGCCGCGUCUGACCUCGGCUGGGUCGUCGGUCACAGUUUCAUAUGCUACGGCCCUCUUUUAGCCGGGAUCUCAACCAUAAUCUACGAGGGCAAACCCGUGGGAACCCCGGACGCGUCCCAGUUCUUCCGCGUCAUCCAGGAUAGGCAAGUGAACGGGAUGUUCACUGCUCCCACCGCACUGAGAGCCAUCAAGGCUGAAGACCCCCAGGGUCGACUCUCGGCCAAGUUCUCGCGGGAAAGCCUGAGAUACGUCUUCGUCGCUGGGGAACACUGCGAUUAUGAAACCCGGGAAUGGGCUCAGAAGGAAUUCAAGGUGCCCGUGUUGGAUAAUUGGUGGCAAACGGAAACUGGACACCCCAUCACGGCGACUUGUGUGGGGUUCAAUAACAGUUUGAAUCCUCCCAAGGAUGUGUCGGGCAUGCCGCUCCCGGGAUACGAUGUGAGAAUAAUGCGUCAAGAUCGCACGGAAGCAGAUUAUGGAGAAAUGGGGAGGAUCGUCAUCAAAUCACCUCUGCCGCCCGGCAACAUGACGACCUUGUAUGAAUCUCCUGAUCGAUUUGUCAAAACGUAUUUCAGUGAAUAUCCUUUGAGUAUCCAUGAUGACUUUGUCAAUGUUCUUCGAAUAUUGAAGGGAUUCUACGACACGAUGGACGCCGGCUUCAAGGACGAGCAUGGCUACGUGUGCGUCAUGUCACGCGACGACGACGUCAUCAACGUCGCCGGCCACCGCCUCUCGACGUCCGCCAUCGAAGAAGCCGUUUUGGAGCACAACGACGUCAUCGAUUGUGCCGUCAUCGGCGUGCCUGACGAUUUGAAGGGCGAAGUUCCGCUGGCCCUGUUCGUCGGAAAUGCC